AUGAUACUAAUCAAAUUUUAUGUCCUAUUCGUUUUAAAUUCUAUUGUAUGUUUGUCGACAAAAUCAAAACCAAUAUUAACAUUUGAUGAAUUUUUUAAUUAUACUCAUUUUCCAUCAUUGAGUCUGUCUCCGAAUGGUCAAUAUUUACUAAUUCAUACUCGACAACCAUCAUGGAAAACUAAUUCAUUUGAAAAUUGCUUAUGGUUAUACGAUACAUCUAAACAAUGGAAAACAUUAAUUACAAAAAAAAUAUCUGAAUUAUUUAAACCGAGUUGGUCACCGAGUGGUGAAUGGAUUGUACUAUUAUUAGGAAAUAAUGAUUUAAUAUUAAACAAAAAACAGAAUCAGUAUGAUAACAAAUCAGAUCAAUACAUUUAUCUCUAUUCUAUUCGGUCAAGUCAUUUAUUUCCUAUUCAUAUUGGAAAAGAAAUUCCAGUUACGAUAACAUGGUCGCAAAAUGAUUCAUCACUUUAUUUUUCUACAAUAAUAUCAAAACAAUUUCACAAUCAAGAUGAAUGGAAAGAUGUUAUACAAUAUCGAGUAUAUCGACCAAAUGUUUAUAGUAGCAUAUAUCGUAUUGAUAUUGAUAAAAAAAAUCAAGAUUUAUCAACAAAAAUAGAUUUUAUAAAGAAUAUGUCAUUUUUAAUUGGUGAAUUACUAUAUGUUCCAUUAGAAGAAAAACUUGUCUUCACAUCGGUAACGGAUUUAUUCGAAAGACAAGAUAAUUUUGAAAUUUAUUCAAUUGAUCUAAAAAAUCUAUUCUCAUUAAAAAGAUUAACAUAUAAUCAACAAUACGAAAGAUAUUUACAAUUAUCAAAUGAUGGUAAACAUGUUCUAUUUCAAGCACUUCCAUUUAGUUCAAGUAAUGGAUCAUUUAAUAGUACACAAUAUAGACUGUACUCUAUUAAUUUAAUGAACGGCAAAAUUGAACGUUUAGCAAAAGAUUUUAAUGGUGCUAUUAUUGGAUAUUCAAUAAAACCAGAUGGUGAUGUUUAUAUACUUGGACAAAUUGGAACAAAUGUUCAUAUUUAUACACAAAAAUCAGCAGAAAAAUAUUCAAUUUUACAUAAUGGUUGGAAUGGAAUGUAUGAAAUAAUUACAUCAUCAUCAUCAUUUUCACAUAAUCAUUGUUCAAUCGCAUUUGUCUAUUCAUCUUAUCAACGACCAAAAGAAGUUUAUUGUAUUAAUGAUAUAAAUAAACUUCAAUUAGCUAAGAUGAUAACAAAUGAAAAUAAACUUUUUACUCAACGAAAUUUACCUAAAAUAAAAUUAUAUCAAUGGCUAAAUAGAGACGAUGAUCGUACAAUUGAAGGUAUUCUACAUUAUCCACCAGAAAAAUUUGAAUCAAAAAAUUUAUCACUUCUUGUUCUUAUACAUGGUGGUCCCUAUGCAGCUAAUUUAAAUUCAUUUGAUAUUAAUCCAAUUAAUUGGGCACCAUUAGCAGCAUCCGAAGGUUGGUUAGUUUUAGAGCCAAACUAUCGAGGAUCAACUGGAUAUGGUGAUCAAUAUUUGAGUGAAGUUCGUUAUCAACCAUUAUCACGAUCAGGACGUGAUAUUCUUUCGGGAAUUGAUAGUUUAAUAAACGAUGGUAUUGUUAAUCCAAAUAGUAUUUCUAUUGGUGGUUAUAGUUAUGGUGGAUUUUUAACAAAUUGGUUAAUUACACAGACGACACGAUUUCAUGCUGCAUUAUCCGGUGCUGGUUGCAUUGAAUUUGUUUCCUGUUGGGGAACUAUGGAUGUACCUGUUCUUAUUGAUGAUUUAUAUGGUGGAUUUCCAUGGGAAGUACCAGAUAUAUAUCAAAAUGAAUCGCCUAUAUAUCAAUUGAAUAAUAUACGUACACCAACGCAUAUAAUUACAGGUGAAAAUGAUGUACGAGUUCCUGUUGAUCAAAGUUUUAUAUUAGAACGUGGAUUAAAUUAUUUAAAUAUACCUGUUCAAUUAUUACUUUUUCCAAAUGAAGAUCAUUCAUUCAGUAAAAAUCCUUGGCAUGGAAAAAUUAAACUACGUGAAGAAUUAAAAUGGUUAAAAAAAUAUGGUCAUCGUUAUUUUUAUUGA